CAUCAAUCAUCAAUUAGAAAAAGGUUAAGUUAAAAUAUUCAAUAUUUUUUAAAAUGCCAGCAACUUUUAUUCAUCGUAGUAUUUUAACCAUUGGAUUUCUAUCAUUAUUUCAUGCAGCAUAUUCAGCAGCCCAACAUCGGUCAUACUUAAGACUAAAUGAGUUAGAUUUUGCAUAUUUACCACAUGAUAUAACUAUACAAGCCUUGAUUAGUUUAUUUAUCAUAAUGUAUGGAGUACUUCACGUAGCAGGUGAUUUUAAAGAAAUAAAAGCAUCUGCAGAAUUGGAGGAUAAAUCUUGGGAGACAUUUCGAAACAUUCCUUCAUUUUAUACGUUUUCUCAUCGAGGAGGAAAAUGUUCCAAUACUAUCUCAAAAACUAGUUUAGAAGAAAUAGAGUAGAUCGAAUUGAAUCGUAUGUAAAUAAUUAUUUUAUUAAAUCACCUCUAAAAGUUUGGCAUAUGAAUGCCAAUUAAAUCUUCACAAAUAGGGACUAGGUUAACAUUAUAUGUAAUAGGAUAAUUUUUGUAAUUAUUGCAUAAAUAUACGUGUAAAAUUGA